UUCUGCGUUUGGACAGUCCCGUGCAUAUAUCGACGGAGAUCUCACCAUGUCGGAUGCACUUGAGCUUCCUGAGUAUCUCCAGGAGUUCGCCACCCCACGUUCCUGGCUACUACGUCCCAUCCGUGUUGCUAUAAGAAGGGAGACAUAAUUCUUUUCCCUUAUCGGCUACUACGUGUCCUCAUCCACAUGUAUACGAUUUCCUUGCUCGUAUUUCUCGCGUUUGUAGUGAUCUUGCUCCACCGUCGCUUCCGCCCCCACCACAAUCGAGGUUCUCUGCCUUUGCCUCCGGGACCGAAGGGCCUUCCCCUCAUAGGAAAUCUUUGGGAUAUUCCCGCUGAGUAUCCGUGGCUCACUUAUGCUAAAUGGUCGGCUUCCUAUGGCGACGUCAUAUAUCUGGAUACUCCUGGCAGUCCAACUAUUGUCCUCAACUCAGCACAAGCAACCACGGAACUCCUGGAAAAGCGCUCUGGAAACUACUCGGAUAGACCUGAUAUGCAUAUGCUGUUCCUGGCGGGAUGGAAUUUCAGCUUCGCUUUUAUGCGAUAUUCGGACUGGUGGAGAUUGCAUCGGAGGGUGUUCCAUCAAUAUUUUCAGCCUCGUGCUCUUCCAUCUUAUUAUCCAGUACAAUUGAAGGCUACGUCGGUCUUGCUACGACAAUUGCUACAGUCUUCCGACAAUUUCUUCCAGCAUGUUCGUCAUCACGCGGGCUCAAUUAUCAUGAAAACCGUUUAUGGCUACGAUGUCGAACCAGAUGAUGAUCCUUUCGUGAAUCUGGUAGAUCAGGCUAUGACCAGCAUUCGCCUCAGUUUGACUUACGGGGUAUUUCUCGUCGACCUCCUUCCCAUACUUAAAAAUAUACCUGAUUGGUUUCCUGGCGCCAAAUUCAAGAAGCUUGCGCGAAGAUGGAGGAAGAACGUUGAAGACAUGAGAGAGGAGCCUUUUAGAUAUACGGCGGAAUCAGUCGCCAAGGGUACUGCGUCGCCAUCAUUUGUCUCUGAAAAUCUCAAGAACAUGAAACAAAACGGAGCCUCCGAAUCAGAGACGUACCUGGAAGUCCUCAAGAAUGCGUCUGGGGUGGCUUUUGGUGCGGGUGCCGACACUACGGUUUCAACAGUUCUUUCUGCAAUCCUUGCAUUCGUGCUUUAUCCAGAGGUCCUGGCCAAAGCCCAAGCAGAGCUGGAUGAUGUGGUGGGCCAGUGCCGAUUGCCAAACUUUGAUGAUCGCCCACGACUGCCAUAUAUCGACGCUAUUCUAACAGAGGCGCUAAGAUGGAAUCCUGUUGUACCCAUGGGUGUUGCCCACCGUAGCAUGAAAGACGACAUAUACAAGGGCUAUUUCAUUCCUGGCGGCGCGACGGUCAUUGGAAAUACUUGGGCGAUCCUCCAUGACGAGAAAGAGUAUCCGAACCCUUUGGUGUUUAACCCUGACCGUUUCAUGAAAAAGGACGGCCAACAAUUGCCCCCCGACUCGACGAUUGCGUUUGGUUUUGGAAGACGCAUAUGUCCUGGACGACAUCUAGCUUCGAAUACCGCCUGGAUUGCCAUCGCGUCUAUUGCAUCCACACUGUCCCUUUCAAAGGCCGUGGACUCUGAUGGGCACGUCAUUGAACCUAGCGACACGUUCACUGGUGAAUCUUUGAGCUUCCCCUUGCCUUUCAAAUGUGUGUUCAAGGCGCGUUCUACCCAGGCGCAGGCACUGAUAGACCCGGAACGGUGUUGAACGGGAAAUGGAAAGCCUGGAAAUUUUCGAAUAGCGACCUCACGAUGAUCGCCGAUCGUAUAACGUGGUAUUAUCUUACCGGCGGUUGUUAACCAGAAUUGCUUCUUGUCCUUUACCACCAUCAUCUAU